AGUCCUUGUGACAACAAAAAAAGUCUAACCGCCCUCUUCACCCUCCAGUGGCCUCCCCUCUCUUUUGCUUCCCCACACACAUUUCGUUUUCAUUCUCCGAUUAUUCACUCGUCCUUCCCUCAUCACUCCUAAUUUCCGAUGACCGGCGGCGAUAACUGUCACCGGACGGAGAACUGAGAUAAAAACAGCUCACACAUAGAUACACCACACUCUCUCUCCUCUCUCCGUUCCAGCAUGUCCGAGAACAACGACGUAACGCUACAGACCUUCCGAGCGCUGGUAGAGAACGCUGACCACAAGUUCGCUAGGGUUCGCGACGUUCCUGCGUACGGUCGCGUGAGCCAGAGCCACUUCUUCCACAAGGUGUUCAAGGCGUACACGCGGCUCUGGAAGUACCAGCAAGAGAACCGGUCGAAGCUGGUUCAGUGCGGCCUCAAGCGCUGGGAAAUCGGCGAGAUCGCGAGCCGAAUUGGCCAGCUCUACUUCAGCCAGUACAUGAGGACCAGCGACAUCAGGUUCCUCGUCGAGGCCUACGUAUUCUACGAGGCCAUACUCAGCAGAAGGUACUUCGAAGGAUCUGAAGGCUCGCCGAGAGAUCUGGGAGUCCGGUCCAAGGAGUUGAGGUUUUACGCGCGGUUCUUGCUUGUUUCGAUCAUUCUGAGCCGCUCCAAGAUGGUCAACCACCUCAUGGACCGCUUCGUGGCUCUCGUUGACGAUUGCAGAAGUAACUUCCGGGAAACUAACUUCAAGGAGUGGAAGCAAGUGGUGCAAGAAAUCGUACGCUUUACAAAAGUCGAUAAGGGCUUUAAUAUUAGACCUCUGCGUUACUGUACCACUUUUGAUACACAUCGGUCUUCUCUUCCUUAUGUGGCUCGUUUUCAUGCAAAGAGGGUUUUAAAAUUUCAAGAUGCACUGUUGGCAAGCUAUCAUCGAAAUGAGGUCAAAUUUGCUGAGCUUACAUUGGACACCUAUAGAAUGAUACAAUGUUUAGAAUGGGAGCCCAGUGGAUUAUUCUACCAAAAGCCUACAGUUAAAGCAAGUGAAAACGGUGACUCUAUUGAUCAUUCUGGAGCUUCUGGGAUAAUCAGUAUGAAUCUUGCUGCAGAUAUGACUGAUCCAAGCAUGCCUAGUAAUCCUAGAAAAGCAACCUUGUAUCAUCCGUCUGUGACGCAUUUGAUAGCAGUUAUGGCCACAGUUUGUGAGGAACUGCCAACAGAUAGUGUUGUGUUAUUAUAUAUUUCGGCAUCAGGAAAGUCUGGUCAUAGUAAUGUCUCUCCAACGGGAAAUUCUGGCGGGUCAUCCAAAUAUUCAAGAUACAAAGGGAUUUAUCAGGACUUGGGUACUUCUGAAACUCAAAAUAAUGGCAAGAGAGAAUUGAGCAGCUAUGACGAUUAUCUGUGGUUUUUCUCUCGAAUUUUAUCAGGUUCAAACAAUCUCUACCCUGGUGAUCUUAUUCCCUUCACUCGGAAGCCUCUUUUCUUGAUUAUUGAUAGUGAUAACAGCCAUGCAUUCAAGGUUUUGCAUGGUGCGGAAAGGGGGGAGACAGCCGCACUCUUUCUUUCACCUUUAAGGCCAAUUUUCAAGAACCCAUCUGAAGUACACUCACAUACUGGAAGCCAAUUUACCUUUUUCUUGACUGCUCCUUUGUCAGCAUUUUGCCAAAUGAUUGGUGUCUCCCCCAACGAGGCUGAUGCAGAUUUCUACAAUGAGGCCGAGAACAUACUUGCCAAUGCUUUCUCUGAGUGGGAAAUUAUUCUUUGUUCAUCGACUAGCAUGGAUUUAGUAUGGGCACAAAUUAUAACUGAUCCAUUUAUAAGACGGCUCAUUCUAAGAUUCAUAUUCUGCCGAUCCUUGUUAUCUUUUUUCUGUCCACCUGAGGAAAGUGAACAGUAUAUGCCCCUUUGCUUACCGCAACUACCCCCUUCUGUUUCACCAAAGGCUGAAGCAGUACGCUCUGUUGUGACGCAACUUGCUAUGCACUUUGACGUUACUGACUCCUUUCACUUCACCGAUAUAUAAGAUUUGGGACUUGUAAUGUAAAAAGAAAAUAUUGUUACUAGUUUAAAUUGCAGGCUUUGGAUGCUAAGGAUACCCGGAUCAAAUGGGAAUUUGAGACAGAAUUUUGUGGGUUGACCUUUUGGGCGACAUGAGAUAAGUAUUUAUGGUGGACAUGGGCUGUCAGGGUGGAAACAAAAUUGUUGGCGAUUGUUGCGUCUGCUUCGACCCCACCCUGCAUCAAUAUUGGUUUAUAAUGCUGUAGUUGGUGGUUUGCUCUUUGCUUUCGUUAGGUCGUGGUAGGGCCUGGUUACUUUAUCAUGUGUUUGAUCGUGGCAAGCUAAUUGUUAGUCUAAAAUUAGUUGUAUUUGUUUAUACUUCAUAGCGUUGGAA